AUAUUCUUUAUUCUAGUUCAGUGCUUCCGAACGCAAACACGCGCCGGCUCGCUCGCUCUGAAAGAAAGAGAUGUUGAUACAUCCAUCUCUUCUUUCACCCGCAUUUUGCCAAUAAUUUCGUUUCAUUCAGAUUCAGUCAACUUCCGACGUCUAUUGCAAACGCUCGUGCGUUCAGUUCUCAGUGAGAAUAAAUCCAAUAAAACACUUUUGCUCUUUUAAACCUCAAAAAUAACAAGAAGUAGCCAUGGCUGAAACUGAAAUAAUAUCUAAUAGUGAAAAGAAUGACCAAUUUUUCGAAGGCGUUGAAAAGCUCAUCGAAAUUUGGUUUACACCGGCGAAAAAUGCGGAUUUGAGAAAAAUCACUCGUCAACAAUGGGAGAAUGUGCUGAAGAUAGUGCGUUGUGAGAUCAUCUCUUUCACCCAGAGCGAGCAAGUCGACGCCUAUGUACUCAGUGAGAGCAGCAUGUUCGUCUCCCGUCGCCGCUGGAUCCUGAAGACCUGCGGCACGACGACGCCGCUGCGCUGCGUGCGCGCCGUGCUGGGGCUAGCGCGCGACGUGGCCGGGCAUGCGCGCGUGCACAACGUGUUCUACUCGCGCCGAGAAUUCGCGCGCCCGGCCGCCCAGUUGCAGCCGCAUGAUAACUUUGAUUCAGAGGUGAAACUUCUGGACUCAUUCUUUGGCGAUGGUCGUGCUUACAUCAUGGGCCCAGAAAAGGAUUGCUGGUACCUGUACACUCUACUGCCGCUUGAAGGCACAGUAGACGCUCUUGAGAAGGAACACACUGACGCCAACGAGGGCGGCCUGUCAGAACCUGAUCAGACCAUCGAGAUCCUCAUGUCAGACCUGGAUCCAGCUGUCAUGGACAUCUUCACCAGACAGUACUCUGCUGAUGCUGCUGCUGCUACCAGGGAAUCUGGUAUAGACAAGAUAAUACCGGGAAUGGUCAUAGACGACUUCCUGUUUGAUCCGUGCGGAUACUCAAUGAAUGGAGUCGCUAAAGAUGGCUGCUACAUGACCAUCCACAUAACUCCUGAGCGUUCGUGCUCGUACGUGUCGUUCGAGUCCAACGUGCCGGUGGAGAGCUACGACGGCGUCAUCGCGCGCGUACUGCGGGCAUUCCGCCCCGCCAAGUUCGUGCUCACCGUGUUCGCUACACCGGAUUCUCCGGGAGCCAGCGCGGCCCGGCAGCUGAAGAAGUUCCCGGCUUUGGGCGCGUACUCGCCGCUGGAGUCGCAGCACUGCCGCUUCUCGGGCUACGAGCUGCAGUACGCGCUGUACGCCAAGUUCCCGAGCUGAGGCCUCGCGCCGCCGCCCCGCCCCGCGCCGCCUGCUGCGGGCCCCGCGCCCGGCCCCCGGGCCCCCGCCGGGCCCCCCGGGCUGCUGGCCCGCGCCGCGCGGCUGCUGUGCUGCGAGUCCGCGCUGCCCGCCUGACUGACUGACUGUUCCAUUCCAUUAAGUGAUAUUAUAUAUACGUUACCUUAGUGUUACGUGUGUGCCAGUGUAGGCGACGCUCUGCGGCGACGCGCGUGCGACACGUGCGAGCGACACGUGCGACACGCGCGGGCGACGCGUGGACACGUGCGAGCGACUCGCACGACACGCGCGAUGCGGGGCUCGAGCCGCGAGAUACACGCGGGGCGUGCAUGCCCACUCUGAGAUUUAACAAAUCAAAUAAAAAGAUUUCGAAUUAUU